UUGGAAUUUGGCACCAUAGUAGUCAAUAACGUGUACCAAGCUAAUUCAAUAUUUUAAUGCGAGAGAAAACGAGCAAAGAAUUAAAUUUUGCUCCUCAAGUGUGGGUCGGUUGGCUGCACUGCGAGCGGUGUUUUAACAUAACCUAAAAUUUUUCGAAUUAAAAUAAUUAAACAUCACAGUUUAUUAAAACCAAGACUGUUUUAGCUCAAAAUGGUGAAUUUGGGCGACGUUUUCCCCAACUUUGACGCCGAGACAACCAUCGGUCCUAUCAAAUUCCACGACUGGCUUGGCGACUCAUGGGGUGUCUUAUUUUCGCACCCCGCGGACUUUACCCCAGUCUGUACCACCGAAUUGGCUCGAGUCGUGCAAUUACACCCCGAGUUCACAAAACGCGGGGUUAAAGUGAUCGCCCUCUCAUGCGAUUCGGUUGAAACGCACAAAAAAUGGCUAAAUGACAUUCAAGUGUACGCCGGGUGUGCCUCAGAGGGGUUCCCGUACCCCCUUAUAGCCGACGAAGACCGCAAAUUGGCGACAACUCUACAAAUGAUCGAUCCUGAUGAGAGGGACUCCGAUGGGAUUCCUUUAACAGCAAGAGCAGUUUUUGUAAUUGAUCCCAAGAAAAAGAUGAGACUGUCGAUCUUGUACCCUGCUACUACGGGGAGAAACUUCGAUGAAAUUUUACGAGUUAUUGAUUCACUUCAACUGUGUGAUAAACACAAAGUGGCGACUCCGGUCGAUUGGAAGCCCCAAGAACACGUUAUGGUACAACCAACAGUUUCUGAUGAAGAAGUCAAAACUCUCUUCCCACUUUUGACAAUUGUGGCGCUACCAUCGGGGAAAAAUUACAUAAGGAAGACUCCUCAUCCUUAAAAUAACUCAUAGUUCAAUACUUUUCUACCAAGAUUGCCAAAAUAAAAGUUUAAGUUGUUUUAUUUGGGUUUAUGGCACGUACAAUAAAUAUUUUAUAAAACUU